AUGUCAAUGCGAAAUGGAUCUCAAAGGAGAUCAUCACCUAGCAUUGUAGCAAGAUUGAUGGGUCUUGAUGGGAUGCCUCCUCACAUAGAACCCAAACCUUUGGAGAAUCAGCAACGCAGACCAUCUGAUAAAGCUCGUGGGAAACAAACAUAUAGGAGUGGCUCAAUGAAUGAGCAGAGAUUCAAAGACGUCUUUGAAGUCUUGGAUGCAGAUGAAGGGCAGAGCAGUACUAGUUUGUAUCAGAGGAGAAGGCUGAAUCCUAAUCUAAAUGAGGCAGAGAUGGCUUUCAUAGAGGCUAGGCGUCUAUCCAAUGAUGAGAAACUCCGUUACUCUAAAGAGUUUAGUGAGACUCUUGAAGCUCUAGACUCCAACAAGGACCUCUUAUUUCAGUUUCUUCAUCAACCAGAUUCUUUAUUCACAAAAGAGUUUCAUGGUCUUCAUAGCAUAGCACCACAACCACAUUGCAGUCAAGCUACCACUUUGAAGUUCUCCAACAGAGAAAGUCUUGUAAAUAAUAUCAAAGCUCUCAAGGUGGACAGAGAGUUCUCAGGGAAGAGACACAGACCACCUCAAUGGCAUGGUGAUGGUGUUGACCUAUCAAAGAAAAGUGGUUUGAAACCAACCGAGAUUGUUGUUCUGAAACCUAAUCUUGGGAAGCCACAGACUUGUGCUGGAACUCUUCCAUCACAAAGUGAUGAGGCCAGGGAAGAUCUCAGGCUUCCUUGCACCAGCAACCAGGAGUCUAAAGCAUCUGGCAGUUUGAAAGGUAAUGAAGAUGUCUUUCUUUUAAGAAACAAGCCAAGAGAUUCCAGAGAGAUUGCUAGAAUAGUAUCUAGACAGUUGAAAGCAAGUUGUGGCAAUGAGAGUUCCAUAAACUUUGAUAUGUCAAGGUUUAGAGUUUACACAGGAGAUGAAAGCUCAUCAGGGAGUGAUUCUUCAAGAGCAAGAACUGAGUUUACCCGCAAGAAACACAGCCGGUCUGUGUCUUCAAGGUCUCCGGAGUCAGCAAGUAAGGAGGCCAUGAGGAGAAUGUCUGAGAGAUGGAAGCUGGCUCACAAUUCCAAGAAAGAGAUGGAGAUUAGAAGAAGAAACACAUUGGCUGAUAUGCUUGCAACUUCAGAUAGAGAAGCGAGACUAGCAAGUUUUAGUAGAACCACUUUCCAAGAAAGGCUCAGUAAAAGAUUUGAAAGACAGUCUGAGUUGCCAGAUCCGCUUGGGAUAAGUAGUAGAGAUGGUUGGAAAGGCACUGGUAGAAGAAACCUUUCAAAAUCCAGACCAAUCAUGCAUAAGGACAGAACUUGUAGUCACAUGAUUGUGCUUCCUAAGAAGCUAACCACUCGAGAUGGAUUAGUGAAAGGGAGUUCUCUUCACAUCAGGGAAAACAACUCUCAUUUUUCGGAUAUUAGCUCCUCAGAGAUCAACAGACCAAGUUCAAGUAAAAGUCUAAAAACACAGAGAAGCUUAUCAAUUCAUGCAGAUUCAGACACUGAAAGUAGUUCAGACUACGAGGAUGCAAAGAGUAAUCCAUCCUUGGAACCACUUGAUUUGUCAGCAGUUACCUCGUUAACUGACCAUCCUCAGGAGAUUGCAGAGGAAGGAGAUCAACCAAGUCCACAAACUUCUUUGGACAAUGAGUUUUCAUCUAAUUCUGAGUGCUUUGAGAGUCUUAGCGCUGAUCUCCAAGGGCUCAGAAUGAGACUUCAGCUACUCAAACGCGAGUCAGAUACUUACAACGAAGGCGACAUGCUCGUUUCAAGUGAAGAAGAAGAGGAAACAUCCAAAGUAACAGAUGAGACGAUGAUCAUCCAUGAGCUAGUAGAAGACUGGAAGUCUCUAUACUUGACUGAUAUCUUAGCAAACUCCAGGUUCAGUGACUUGAACCCGACAAGCUUCAUGGCCUCAUGGCACUCCUCUGAAUCACCUCUAGAUCCAUCCUUGUUUGAUGAUCUUGAGAAGAAGUACUACUUCGGUCUAAAAACCUCAACCCGGUUAGAAAGAAAGUUCGUUUUUGAUUGGAUCAACAGUGAGAUUCUCGAGUUCUUCGAGCAGUUCACUGAUCUCAAACCAACAAAGAUCAGCCCAAAAUGGGAUAUAAGCAGGAUACAUGAAACUCUGCUAGAGCUUGUCACUAGAAAACACAUGAAACAAAGUAGAGAUACAAAGGAGAUGCUGUUGCCAAGCUUGGAAGAUGGCAUUGAAGUGAUAGGUAAGGAGAUUGAAGAAAUGUUGAUAGAUGAAUUCAUAGCUGAGUUUGUGAUAAGAGUUACAUAA